AAUCUAAAGUAUGUGGACAUGGUUGAAGACCAGAUGAACGAAGCCCUGACAACAUACCAUAAACCAGUGGAUGGUGACAACUACGUCCGCCGUACCAACCAAAGGCUGCAGAGGCCCAGUGUGUAUCUGCCAGUGCAUCUGUAUGGACAGCUGGUACAUGAUAAAACAGGCUGUCUACUGCUGGGGGCUCAGAAUGUUGUCCCGGCUCUCAGCUGCACUGUCCGCUCACCUGCGCUGGACACGUGGGAGGAAAUUAAACGUCUGAAGAGCUGCCGCCCGUACGCGACCAAGCACCUGCGCGUCCUCCUGCGUGCUAACGUGGAGGUCUUCGGCAGCUGAGCGGUGGAG